AUGCCUUUGAACGUUUUCCGAGUCGCCGCGGAUUUCUCGCAUCUCGGAUCCAUUUUCAUCUUGCUUCACAAGAUGGUGCAGCUUAACAGCUGCUCGGGUAUCUCCUUCAAGUCGCAGACACUCUACAUGCUUGUCUACAUCACCCGCUAUCUUGAUCUCUUCAAAACCGAUAGCAUCUACAACUUCAUCUUCAAGAUCAUGUUCCUUGGCUCCCAAGGUUACAUCAUCUACCUCAUGACCAACGCCUACAAGCCUACCAACGAUCCUAAUGUCGACACCUUCCGAGUCCAGUACCUCCUCGCGGGAGCUGCUGUUCUCGCCAUCGUCUUCCCCUAUCACUACACCAUCUCGGAAAUUCUGUGGGCCUUCUCCAUUUGGCUCGAGUCUGUGGCUAUUCUCCCUCAACUCUUCAUGCUUCAGCGCACCGGCGAGGCCGAGACCAUCACCACCCACUAUCUCUUCGCUCUCGGCAGCUACCGCGCUCUUUACAUUCCCAACUGGAUCUACCGAUACUUCGCCGAGACUAACCACAAGGUCGACACCAUCGCUAUCGUUGCUGGUAUCGUCCAGACGGUUCUGUACAGCGACUUCUUCUACAUCUACUACACCAAGGUCAUGAAGGGCAAGAAGUUCAAGCUCCCCGUCUAA